CUCUGCGAGUGGUGCGGACGCUAUGGUGCGCGGCAGGAUAUCCCGGCUCUCGGUCCGCGACGUGCGCUUCCCCACGUCGCUCGGGGGUCACGGCUCGGACGCCAUGCACACGGACCCUGACUACUCAGCUGCCUACGUCAUCAUAGAGACCGAUGCAGGAGAUGGACUCACAGGAUGUGGAAUUACCUUCACGCUGGGGAAAGGCACUGAAGUUGUUGUCUGUGCUGUGAAUGCCCUCGCCCACCAUGUCCUUCACAAGGAUCUCAAGGACAUUGUCGGUGACUUCAGAGGCUUCUACAGGCAGCUCACGAGUGACGGGCAGCUGAGAUGGAUCGGUCCCGAGAAAGGUGUGGUGCACCUGGCCACAGCGGCCGUCCUCAACGCCGUGUGGGACCUAUGGGCCAAGCAGGAGGGAAAGCCCCUAUGGAAGUUGCUUGUGGACAUGGACCCCAGGACGCUGUUGUCCUGCAUCGACUUCAGGUACAUCACUGACGUCCUGACCGAGGAGGAUGCCUACGACAUACUGCAGCAAGCUCAAGUUGGUAAAAAAGAAAGAGAAGAACAAAUGCUGACACACGGCUACCCUGCUUACACCACGUCGUGCGCCUGGCUGGGGUACUCAGAUGACAUGUUGAAGCAGCGCUGCGCGGAGGCACUGAAGGACGGCUGGACCAGGUUUAAAGUAAAGGUGGGUGCUGAUCUCCAGGAUGACAUGCGCCGAUGCCGCCUCAUCAGAGACAUGAUUGGACCAGAGAAGACUCUGAUGAUGGAUGCCAACCAGCGCUGGGACGUGCCUGAGGCCGUGGAGUGGAUGUCAAAGCUGGCUGAGUUCAAGCCAUUGUGGAUUGAGGAGCCGACGUCCCCCGAUGACAUUCUGGGGCAUGCUACCAUUUCCAAGGCGCUGGUCCCACUAGGAAUUGGCGUUGCCACUGGGGAACAGUGCCACAAUAGAGUGAUAUUUAAGCAGCUCCUACAGGCGAAUGCCCUGCAGUUUCUCCAGAUUGACAGCUGCAGACUGGGAAGUGUCAAUGAGAACCUCUCAGUGAUACUGAUGGCCAAAAAAUUUGGAAUUCCUGUUUGCCCCCAUGCUGGUGGCGUCGGCCUCUGUGAACUGGUCCAGCACUUGAUUAUAUUUGACUACAUAGCAGUCUCUGCAAGCCUUAAAAACAGGAUGUGUGAAUACGUCGACCACCUGCAUGAGCACUUCAAGUAUCCUGUGACAAUCAAGCAGGCUUCCUACAUGCCUCCUAAGAGCAAAAAGAACUUUCACCUUUAGCCCAACCCCUGAAGACUGAUAAUAUCCUUCCAACAACCAUUGCGGAAACAUACUAAACAGCCAUCUCCAUUUUAAUAGUUGGAUGUGGGUUGUACCCUUCAAUCUGAAAAUCUUCAGCUUUGAAAUCAUCAAUCGUCUCAACUUUUCGAAGAAUUUUGAGCUUCGGGAAAGGUCUUGGUUCUCGCUGAAGCUAAAAAAAAAACAAUUAAGACCAUGAUGUGGCCAUGUUUGCACAAGCUGCCUUAAUUGUGCUCCCAGGGCCUCUUCACACAACUAGUACGCAGUAUUCAAUCAACAAGGUUUUACUUCACAGGGCUGUUAAGACUGCAGCUACCUCAACCCUGGUUAUGCGUCCUCCCACACAGCUCCAACAUGAAGGGUACUCUGUUGGCAUUACACAGUGUCAGGAACCUGGUAGCUCACCAGGCGUAAAUUCUUACUGUCACACCUGGUAAAUUAAAGCUGGGGACACAGGCUUUUACUUUUCUGUGUCUGUAACUCCCAGUAGCACUCAACAUGGAUACUUGAUUUCCACAGUCCCUAUCGCAACUGGCCCUGGCAGGAAGCAGAAGGGAAGACAUCUGCUGAUAGCUGACACAGAAGGAGAUGCAAGGCAGGGCUCCUGGGACCAACAGACGGCAGUGAUUGGGACAUGGACACACAGGUUACAACUUCACAUCACCGUGUCCAACACAAGAAGAACAGACAGAAGCACCCUUCCCUCUACUCAAAAUCAGCCAAAGCAGCCAAGCUCUUGCAAAAGAGUAACUUUAAAAACUCAGCUCUGGGGGACAGUGCUGUGGCACAGCAGGUUAACGCCCUGGCCUGAAGCACCAGCAUCCCAUAUGGGCGCCGGUUCAAGACCCAGCUGUUCCACUUCCAAUCCAGCUCUCUGCUAUGGCCUGAAAAAACAGAAGAUGGCCCAAGUCCUUGGGCCCCUACACCCACGAGGAAGGCCCAGAAGAAGCUCCUGGCUUCAGAUUGGCGCAGCUCUGGCCAUUGUGGCCAAUUGCGGAGUGAACCAGUAGAUGGAAGACCUCUCUCUCUCUCUCUCUCUGCCUCUCCUUCUCUCUCUGUGUAACUCUGACUUUCAAAUAAACUUAGCUCUAAAGGGA